AUGACAAGUGUUGCCCAGGCCCUGCCGACAACACAAUUCAACCCCUAUGCAGAUGAUCCGACAGGCCUUGUCGGUUCUAAUGCAGCGUUCUUCCAACAUCAAAAUGCUUACACUGGACCCCUUCAACCCCUGCAAUAUCAUCUAUACGCCCCUGUUGGUCCGUAUCGAGACGAUCUGGCCCCCUUCCAGAGACAGGUUCAUGACUUUUUUAUUCCUGAUAAGCUUCGUGAGGACAUGCAACGCAGAUCCGAAGCUUUGCAGCAAGUUAUGCCAAACUCUACACUGCCCCCGCUGGACAAUUACUUCUCUCUCGUUCCCCUGGACACUAGCCAUAGGAAGAGCUCUAGUGUUUUUGGAUACACGACGUGGGUGUACAAGGCAACGUCGUCCAAGAAUGGCAGGACCUACUGCCUCCGAAGACUAGAAGGUUUUCGGUUGACAAACGAGCAUGCCAUUCGCUCGGUCAAGGAGUGGCGACGACUUAACAACGGCAACGUGGUAUCGAUUCAUGAUGCGUUCACCACGCGCGCGUUCGGGGACAGUUCUCUGUUCUUUGUCCAGGACUACCAUCCGCUCUCCAAGACCCUUGCCGAGCUACACUUCCCACACGCUGGCACCGCCCACGCCAGCAGGUUUGCCGCCAAAACGCCGAUUGCCGAAGGCGUCUUGUGGGGCUACGUUUCGCAGAUAGCCAACGCGUUGAAGGCCAUCCACGCUUUGAACCUUGCCGCUCGGUGUCUCGAUAUGAGCAAAAUCAUAGUUACAGACAAGAACCGCAUUCGCCUUGGCGCCUGCUCCAUCUUGGAUGUAGUUCACUUUGAAACACGUCGGCCUAUACAGGAUCUGCAGCAAGAGGACUUGAUCCACUUUGGCAAACUGAUUUUAUCAUUGGCGAUAAACACGCUACCAAACCAGCUGACCAACCUGCAAGCAAGUCAAUUAAAGGGGCCAAUUGAGCAGAUGGGCCGGACGUAUUCUAAGGAAAUCACCGAUACUGUCUUGUGGCUUCUGACGCCGGCUCCUCCAGGCGCUACACCCAAGGGAAUCGAAGAAUUCGUAAGAGGCAUCGCUGUCCACAUGGUAGCAACCUUGGAUGCUAGCCUCCACGAAGCCGACACACUCAAGUCGGAGCUUUUCAGGGAACUAGAAAAUGGCCGAUUGGUGCGGCUCAUGGCGAAGCUGGGUGCGGUCAAUGAACGCCAAGAAUUCGACGGUGACAGAGCAUGGUCGGAGAACGGCGAAAGGUAUAUGUUGAAGCUGUUCCGCGAUUAUGUUUUCCACCAAGUCGACGCCAACGGAAACCCUGUGGUUGAUAUGGGCCACAUCAUCCGGUGUCUGAACAGGUUAGAUGCUGGCAGUGAUGACCGAAUCUGCUUGACAAGCCGGGAUGAACAGACCAGCUUCGUGGUCAGCUAUAAGGAGCUGAAGAAGCAGCUUGGCAAUGCAUUCGGGGAGCUUCUCAAGGGGGGGAAACAGCCGGCGGGUCGGGGAUUUCAAGGCCCAUCCCAUUAG